AUGUGCCACACCAGCUGCUCCCCGGGCUGCGGGCCCAGCCCCUGCCAGGCCACCUGCAGUGUGCCCGUGACCUGCCAGUCCUCGGUGUGCCUGCCCUUGAGCUGCAGGCCUGCCGUGCUCGUGCCCGUGAGAUGCCAGUCUUCCGUGUGUGUGCCCGUGAGCUGCAGGCCCAUUGUGAGCGUGGCCCCCUCCUGCCAGUCCUCCCUGUGUCCCUCUGGGUGCUGCCAGCCCCCCUGCCCUGCCCUGCUCUGUAGGCCGGUCCCCUGCAGCUCCCCUUCCUGCUGCUGA